AUGGCGGGCACAAAGAUUGACGGUACGGCCAUUGCCAAAGAUAUUCGCGAGAGGUUGAAGGCGGAGAUCGCGAAGACCCAGGAGAUCAACCCCAGGUUCAAGCCCAGCUUGGUGAUCUUCCAAGUGGGCGACAGGUCUGAUUCGAGUACCUAUGUGCGCAUGAAGUUGAAGGCCGCAGAAGAGGCCAACAUUCAAUGCAAGAUUGUCAACUUCCCCGAGUCGAUCACGCAGCCUGAAAUCCUUCAAGAGAUCACCAAGGCCAACAAUGACCCCGACGUGCAUGGAAUCCUGGUGCAGCUGCCCCUUCCCCAGCAUCUCUCGGAGCACGCAGUCACCUCCGCUGUCGCAGAUGAGAAGGAUGUCGAUGGCUUUGGCGCCAUCAACAUUGGUGAGCUGGCCAAGCGGGGAGGGCACCCUCUCUUCGUUCCCUGCACUCCACAGGGUGUGAUGGAACUGUUGAGAGUGAGCGGGGUUGACCCUGCCGGCAAGGAAGCAGUGGUUCUGGGUCGUAGCGACAUUGUCGGAAGCCCAGUCAGUUAUCUGCUGAAAAACGCAGAUGCUACCGUCACUGUCUGCCACUCCAAGACCAAGGACUUGAAGGAUAUCCUCAGGCGCGCAGACAUCGUCGUGGCUGCCAUUGGCAAGCCCGAGUUUGUUAAGGGAGAAUGGCUCAAGCCCGGUGCCGUCGUUAUCGAUGUUGGUACCAACUACAAGGCCGACCCCUCCAAGAAAUCCGGUCAAAGACUGGUCGGUGAUGUCGACUUCGAAUCUGCCGUCGAGGUCGCCUCUCAGAUUACCCCGGUCCCUGGUGGUGUUGGACCGAUGACGGUGGCCAUGCUGAUGCAGAACGUGGUCAACGCUGCCAAAGCGUACUUCAACAAGCAAAAGGACAGACAUAUCACGCCAUUGCCCCUCAAGCUGGUCAAGCCUGUGCCUUCUGAUAUCGCAAUCUCUCGAGCACAAUACCCCAAGCCCAUCACCCAGAUCGCCGCUGAAAUAGGAGUCGCUUCCCAUGAGCUGGAGCCGUAUGGCCAUACAAAAGCCAAGAUUAGCCUCCAGACUCUCGACCGCCUGGCCCAUCGUCGCAAUGGACGAUACAUUGUGGUCUGCGGUAUCACCCCUACUCCUCUGGGAGAGGGCAAGUCGACAACCACAAUGGGUCUCACCCAGGCUCUGGGAGCACACCUGAACAGAAUCGCGUUCGCCAACGUGAGACAACCCAGCCAGGGACCGACUUUCGGUAUCAAGGGAGGUGCAGCUGGUGGAGGCUACAGUCAAGUUAUUCCCAUGGACGAAUUCAACCUACACUUGACGGGAGAUAUCCACGCCAUUACUGCUGCCAACAACCUGUUGGCUGCCGCCAUCGAGACCCGUAUGUUCCACGAGGCCACCCAGAAGGAUGGUCCUCUGUACAGGCGUCUUGUUCCUGCCAAGAAGGGCAAGCGUGAAUUCCAGCCGAUCAUGUUCCGAAGAUUGAAGAAGCUUGGUAUUGACAAGACGAACCCUGAUGACCUUACUGAGGAGGAAAUCCGCCGCUUCGCUCGUUUGGAUAUCGACCCUGAGACCAUUACUUGGCGACGAGUCCUCGAUGUCAAUGACCGACACCUGCGAGGAGUCACCGUGGGUCAAGCUCCUACUGAGAAGGGUCUGAACCGCGAGACGGGCUUUGACAUCUCUGUCGCCAGUGAGUGUAUGGCUAUCCUUGCCCUCAGCAACGACCUACGCGACAUGCGUGAGCGUCUGGGACGCAUGGUCGUUGCGACAUCGAGAAACGGUGACCCCGUCACGUGUGACGACAUUGGUGCCGGUGGUGCUCUUACUGCCUUGAUGAAGGACGCUAUCAAGCCCAACCUUAUGCAGAGUCUGGAGGGCACUCCGGUGUUGGUCCACGCUGGACCUUUUGCCAACAUCAGUAUUGGCGCCAGCUCAGUCGUUGCUGACAAGCUGGCUCUCAAGCUUGCUGGUACGGAACCUGAAGAGGAUCAUGAUGCCAAGACUGGUUUCGUCGUGACUGAGGCAGGGUUCGACUUCACUAUGGGUGGUGAGCGCUUCUUCAACAUUAAGUGCAGGUCGUCCGGUCUCGUCCCUGAUACCGUUGUGAUCGUGGCUACGGUCCGUGCCCUGAAGGUCCACGGUGGUGGCCCCGACAUCUCUCCCGGUGCUCCGCUACCGGAGGUCUACCGCACCGAGAACGUUGACAUUCUCAGGAAGGGCUGUAUCAACCUCAAGAAGCACAUCCAGAACGCCAAGCAAUACGGUGUUCCCGUCGUUGUUGCGAUCAACAAAUUUGACACCGACACAGAGGCUGAAAUCGCUGUCAUCCGCGAGGAGGCCAUCGCAGCCGGUGCGGAAGACGCCAUCCCGGCCAACCACUGGGCUGAAGGAGGCGCUGGCGCAGUUGACUUGGCCAAGGGCGUCAUUGCUGCAAGCUCGAAGCCCAAGGACUUCAAGCUUCUCUACGAGCUUGGCAACACGGUGCAGGAACGCAUUGAGCGUAUCGCACAGUCCAUGUAUGGCGCUGAGAAGGUUGAGUUCAGCGAGCUGGCGCAGAAGAAGGUCGACACCUAUACGAAGCAGGGCUUUGGAAACCUUCCGAUCUGUAUCGCGAAGACCCAGUACUCACUCAGUCACGACCCGGCUCUGAAGGGAGCCCCCACGGGCUUUACGGUUCCCAUCCGGGACGUCAGACUGGCCGUGGGAGCCGGUUAUCUUUAUGCUCUGGCUGCCGAUAUCCAGACGAUCCCCGGCUUGCCGACCGCCCCCGGAUAUCUGAACGUGGAUGUGGAUACGGAGACCGGCGAGAUCGACGGUCUUUUCUAG